AUUCAUAAUUAAGCAAAACCAUAUGCCUUAUGACCCCUAUUAUUGUCACAUCUACUUUGUGUUUUUUCACUUCCCCUGUCUCAAAAACAGAGGUCCUCUGCUCUGUUUCUUGAUUCUGUUUUCUUUUGCUUCUCAAAGUUCAAAACUUGUGUACAACUCAGCGAUGGAAGAUAGAAGAAGGUAACAAUGACGAGGAAGAGAGACGAUAACAAGGGCGGAGAUGGUUAGAACGGCGUCGUUUGGAACCACCUCAAGCUUUGUUCUUCGUAUCGGGCAAACUCUCUUUUCUUCUGCUUCGCUUCUUUUUAUGUGCUUUAACGAUGACGAAGACUUAUAUGCUUACACUGCCUUCUGUUAUUUAGUUACAGUCAUGGGUCUAGUGACACCUUGGAGCGCGACGUUAGCCCUAAUGGACGCUUACUCCAUCAUCAUCCAACGCCUUCCUAUGCAAGCAACAGUUAUAUCUGUCAUUGCCGCUGGAGAUUUUGUUUUAUCGUUUUUGUCGCUGGGAGGUGCAUGCUCGACGGCAAGCGUGGCCGUGCUUUUGAUCGGCGCAGGAGAGAAGCAGUGUGAUCGGUAUAAGUUAUCGGCGACGAUGGCGUUGUUGUCUUCGUUUCUCUCUUUUGCUUCCACUUUCUUUAAUUUUCUUCUCCUUCCUUCUCUAAUGUCUCACUAGUUACAUUUCUUCAUUAUAUUAUAUUCACCUUUUGUAUUUGGUCUAGAUAUUUUCUUUUUGUUUUUCAUUAGAAUUGUUUCUCAAAAUGCACAA